CGUGGCUCCGCGGCUGGCUCCGCCCCCUUCGGCCGGAGGCUGCGAAGCGGAGCGGCGUUGAGCGGCGUCGGCGCCAUGGUGAAAAUCGCCUUCAGCUCCCCUUUCGCCCAGAAGGGCGAACCCAAGAAAGAGGCGAGCGAGGCUCUGGUGGCCGACAAGGACCCUGAAGUUGCCACGCAGGGAGGUGAGAACUCGUCUGGAAGAUGCCUGUUGACUCUGCUGGGUUUAGCAUUCAUCUUGGCAGGAGUUGUUGUUGGAGGAGCCUGCAUCUACAAGUACUUCAUGCCGAAGCACAAGGUGUACCGUGGGGAGAUGUGUUACUUUGAGAAUGAGAAUCGGGAUCGGGCGGUCGAACCUUAUUUCCUCCCUAUUGCUGAAGAAGCUGACAUUCGGGAGGAUGACAACAUUGCCAUCAUCGAUGUGCCCGUGCCAAAGUUCUCUGACAGCGACCCAGCUGCCAUUGUUCAUGACUUUGACAGGCUUUUGACAGCAUAUCUUGACCUGCAACUGGGUAAAUGCUACGUGAUUCCACUGAACACAUCCAUAGUUAUGCCACCAAGAAAUCUGAUGGAUCUCUUUGCAAAACUGGCGACUGGUUCCUACUUGCCUCAGACUUACCUGGUGCGUGAAGAAAUGGUGGUUACAGAGGAGAUAGAGAAUGUAUCAGAUCUGGGGAUCUUCAUUUACCAGCUCUGUGUUGGAAAAGAGACCUUCAGACUUCAGCGCAGAGACCAAAUAAUGGGUCUGCAGAAACGUUCAGUGGAGAACUGCCAUUCAAUCAGACACUUUGAAAACUCAUUCGUGGUUGAAACAAAGAUCUGUCAGCAGUGAGAGGUGCUGGAUGGGCGGUGACCAGUUCACACCUUCAGUGAGAAGUCUGAGCUUUAGGGGGCGACUUCUUAAAUUAAAAUGUGCAGUGAUAAUCAAAAGCCUUAUGCAUUUUCUGUGUAUUGCUUGUAUUUCAAAAAGACAGUCACCAUUUCAGCUUUCUUUGAUCCUUGGUAUCUCUCUUUUUAGUUGUCUCACGUAGAACUUAAGUUUGAAUAAGUUUUUUUUUAGCAGGGUGAUAUCAGUUUAUCCAUUGAAUGCGUGUGAUCUGCAGUAACCUGGGAAUGGCAGGAAAAACCAUAUAUAUAUAGAUUUUAUAUAUAUAUAUAUACACAACAAUGUUAACCAGGAACCAGUUCUGUUCACCUUAACGUUCACAGAAUGAUUGCUGUAUUAAUAAUCUGUGGUUUGCACAUCUUGUGUAGUUCUGUAGAAUAGUUCUGCACUCGGUCUUCUGCCUAAAAACCUGGUGUGUAUCAUUAAAGGUUUCUUUUGACAUCCA